GCCACGCCCCUACUUUCCCUCAGAGUUCCCAUAAUUCAGUGCGGUUCACUGUUCUUUCAAGGGGAUUCUUCGCUAAGGACGCGUUAGUUUUUGGACCUAAGUUCUGAUCAAUCAUGGCUGGUGUGAUUGAAGAGAAGAUUAAGAGUUACAGAACUGCUCCGUUCGAUUCUCGCUUUCCCAACACUAACCAGACACGGAACUGCUUCCAGAACUACCUUGACUUUCACAGGUGUAGUAAGGCACUAUCAGCAAAAGGACAAGAUGUCACUCCUUGUGAGUGGUACCAGAAGGUCUACAAGAGUCUGUGCCCUAUCAGCUGGGUUGAAAAGUGGGAUGGACAAGUACAGGAUGGAAACUUCCCUGGAAAAAUCUGAACAGCUUGUGGUCACCUUAAAAUUUUUUUAGAUUACCUCAUUUCUAAAGCAUGGUAACUUUGGCUUGUGACAUCUUGUGAUCUUUGACCUACACCUUUCAAAGGUUCACACUGUUCAGUUUUGUCACUGUGUCUUGACUCUGGUUACAUAAUAAAGACGCACAAUGUAAUUCCUUUA